AUGUUUUGGAAUGCACCCUUGAGAGCCCUCGGGACCUGCUUGCAGCCAUCGAGAUCUCCUUCAAUCCCACUCCGUUCCAUUCGCAAUGCCUCAUUGAAUUCGGCCAUUGGUCGUGGCAUCCGCAAGACCCAGUCCGCGGAAGGGAGAAACCAACCGCAGAAAAGCUCCACAGGUAACUCAGAUCAAAGCCGGAGGCAUGUUGGUCGAUCCGAGAGUCGCAAAGACGUCGGCAUAAAAGCUUUCGACGAGGACGAGUUUAUUAAGACAGGUAGAUUUCGUGGGCUCAAAUCUAAACAAGACACAAAUUUACCGGAACCAAAGCGACCUAGAAUACAAGCCGACGAACGGGCCAGGACCAUCAAAGAGCAGAGGAAGGAGAGGGAUCUUCAAGAACGAUCCAGGCUGAAAAGGGGCGAGAAGCGUUUCACAGAAGGGGAACCCGAGCAGAAGAAGAAACACGUGUUGGUUCCUGAUUCUGUUCCCUACACCACUCCUGCGUCUGAAUUUAUCUACGGAAGCAGCGCCGUGGAGGCGGCGCUGCGCAGCGGCAGACGCCAGCCGUACAAGUUGUACAUAUAUCAGGGAGACAACGAGGAGCUUGGCCCCACACGGUCUAUGCUACGCAAACUCGCCCUCUCCAAAAAUAUCAAGGUGAAAAUGGCAUAUGCGGGAUGGGACCGGCUGUUCGAUCAGAUGAGUUCUGGCCGACCCCACAACGGCUGUAUACUUGACGCAUCCCCUCUGCCACAACUGCCUGUGAAGAGUCUCUGCGCCGCUCCGACCUUGGGCGCGCAUGAGUUCCGCGUGAUCCUAGCACCCCAGUCAAAGGAGGAAGCAGUAGUGAACAGCACGAACAAUUGCAUUCCCGUCCGCCAUCUUCCAGGCAAAACCAGAUACCCAGUCGUCCUUCUCCUCGACGGGAUCACCGAUACUGGCAAUCUUGGCGGCAUCAUCCGCUCUGCAUAUUAUCUGGGAAUUGACGCCAUUGUCUUCGCUGGCCGAAACUGUGCGCCUCUCUCCCCGGUAACGAUCAAAGCAUCCGCCGGAGCCGCCGAAAACAUGCCUCUCAUUAGAGUCAGCAACGAGGUGCACUUCAUCCAGCAGUCCAAAGCCAACGGAUGGCGAUUCUUCGCAGCCGAUGCACCGAUGCCGGGCUCUAGUUUUUCUGACACAUCCGGCGAUAUCGACCUGACCAGGAACACACUCACGCAAGCACCUAGCGUCAUCAUGCUGGGCAGCGAAGGGUUUGGGUUGAGUGCCCAUAUCAAGUCCCACGCAGAUUCGAUUGUCAGCAUUCCCGGGGCGAGAAACGUCGCUGAGUGGGGUUAUGAGAAGGAUCCCGCCAGAGUUGACAGCCUCAACGUAAGUGUUGCUGCGGCAAUUCUGAUGGAACAGUUUCUGCGAGUCCCGGUCUUGAUCACUGAGGUGGCGCCAAAGAAGACAGUGAAUAACUGA